AUGAGAGGGACCCAUCUGAUACCCUUUCUAUUCGCCCUAGGCGGGUUUCUGGUGGUCUCCGCCCAAUCCUUCUCCUACACCCGUGAUUGUAAUGAUCAGCAGCAUCGAGUAAGUAUUUUCUUUAUCGUCUCAGUCCCUUCUUUAUCUUCUACUAUCCCUAUUGCAAACUUCUUCAUGGUUGUCAACCCCCUAAUCGAUUCGUUCGCUUGGCUUCGCUGAUUCUUAUCUUAGAGAAACAUUUAUCUUCUUUUGUAAUGGGUUUUACAAAAAGACAGACAGAGAGACUAUGAGUACUCGAAAUAAAAUAAAUUUGAUUUCCAGGAGAUCCAUUGUGUAGUCAGACAAGUGGAUUGUGAUGAAGACGAGCAGAUUCCACAGAUCAAUGACACGGCUCGAUUACCCGGAGAGGCCCAUGAUAUCAGGGUUUCCAAUGUAGUGAAAGCGGUAUCGAAGCGAAAAGGGGAAAGUUAUCAACUCUCGGUAGAUAUCUCGUGGCAAACUCCCCCAAACAGUAAGUACAAUUGUAGUCAGGCAAUAUAAUUAUGCUUUAAUUCUUUUAUAACUAUGAGUAUUCAAGUUCUGUUGAGAGCGGUCUAGUCUAAGGUCUUUACUUUACGGUUAAUUGCACUAGGUGGGUCGAAAAGUCUAUGUAUUUCUUCUCACCGUGCGGUAGACUUCUUGAGCCACCUAGCAAGUAAUGUUAUGUCAUCAAAUUAAUCGCUCGAAAAAUGGAAAACUCACAGAUAUUCGAAGCGAAUACGAAUAGAUCUUUGUACGUUUGUUUAUCCCAGAUUAUCCAAAGAUUAGACUCUCAUCUCUGAUUAGUUACCUACACAGUUAAGAAUAUAUUACCAUGCCAAUUACUUUUAGACUCUACACUUCUUUUAAACGGAUUCCUGUUGGAGAUAAAUUCGGAAGAUGGGAAGCAACACCAAUGUUUUUUGUUGGAUGUAAAUGGAUCCACGUGGACAGACAAUGCUGUCAAGUUGUCGGUAAGGAACCAUUCGAUGUAACUGCGCAAGUAAUAAGCAGAAAUGAUUGCUUUAAUUUCAGCCGCGACUCCAUUUCUUCACGGAAUCCCUCUUCAGAUUCUCUCAGAAUUAUGAGAUCUCGGUUCACUCAUUGCCCGAGGGUGUUGACAUAACCAGAACAGCGACCAAAACUGUCCAGAUGCCCCAUCAUCCUAGAUCUUUUAACCAGUCUGACAUCCUUCCUUCCAAUUGCUCCCAUUCUUGUAAGUGUUUUCUUUCCUUACAAUGGAUCACUAUAUCUUUGUUACAAUGACACUUAUUAAUCCUUACAGCCCAUCCAUUCGCCUCACAAUGGGCUGCUGGAUUCCGUCGAGUCCUGGUUUAUCCACUGACUAGGACUGUCCACAUCGAAUUCAUCGCUGCUCCUCCAGAAUAUUGCUUCGAACAAUAUGAGGUGAGCAAUCCUUCUAAAUCAAUAUAAUUGCUUACAUACAGAUUAUAAUCUUAAGAAUUGUCUAACCAAAUAUUUUUAGAUCCGAUUAAUGGAUGCUACAGUAAUGUUGGUGGAAAGGAGCACAAUCAUCAGUCUGGAUCAACUGAUCGAAGAGGAUAUAAACGGGACUGUCAACUAUAUUGGUUAUGUCAAUUUCACGGAUGUUGAGGUAACGUUUCUUUUCUUGGAUUGAUGUGGUGUUUAGUUGAACAAGACCUACACCCCUACCGUAAUCCCUGUGGAAACGUCGGUGGAUGGGCGAUGUCUGUGUCCAGUUCACUCACAGGGUCAUCUCAAGAGCACCAAUGUAGUUUGUACUUGCGUAAACUCGGAGAGUAAAAGGAUCCGAUUAAUCAGUAAGUUAUUCAUCCCCUGAGGACGCCAAAUUCGAAUUAAUGCGACAGAAAGUUUAAAAUAGUGUUUGGCGUAGAAAAAAACGUAAACAGAAAACAUUAAAAUGAACUAAGAAAUGUUUGAUUCAGAAAUCGAUGCUACAAAAACAAUUUGCAUGGGAUGUUCCAAUGAAACGAAGCCAAUUCUGGAGACCGAAAUCUCCGAAGAUGAGUCCCAAACCUGGCUCUAUCAUCUUGGAAUCUUCCUUUUGAUCAUUAUUUUGCUCUUCGUGUUCGGAAUUACAAUUGUGAUGAUCUACCAGAAGUAUCGGACUUGGGGAAAAUCCUUCAGAAUCCAGCUGAUUCAUGACCGAAACCCCUCCAGAAGUCCAAACGUCCAGACUUCUGAUCUCCAAACCAAGGCUCUUCUGAAGCCCGCAGGGUCUUUAUUGAGAACAGCCAAUCUGAACGUUCUCAUUAUCUACAGUCACGACUCCAACGAGCAUGAUCUGGCUGUCCUAUUUUUUGCGGAGUAUCUUCGGGAUGCCUUUAAUAUGGAAGUUCAUGUGAGUAUUCUCUAUUCGACCCUGCUUUAAAGUCAUGUUAAUUUAAUUACCGCCUUCUUUCAGUUGGAUAUCUUGGAUUCCGACCUAAUCCACAAAAAUCUGAUGGAUUAUCUCUCUUCGUCGGUGAUCAACGCUGAUUACGUGAUGAUAAUAAACUCGCUGGGAACAGCCAAAAGGUAUCAGACCAAGAUCCAAUCUCUGGGAGCCGAAAAUCAAAGUAUAGUACAAAGAAAUGAAGCCGGUCCGUUCGAUAAACUCUUCGUUAGCCAAAUUGAUAUGGCACUACAGUAAGUGUAGUCCUUCUUUUCAGAGUCCUAUCUCUAAUACUGUUGGCUAACCCUAUCUUUUUCAGACAUCAGAAGAUAAUUUCCGUUCGUUUCAACUAUUCCAACUUCGAGCAGGUCCUUCCUCCCCUCAACGGGCGUCUCCAGUAUGUUAUUCCUGAUAACCUUGGCCCCCUCCUGUCAGCAUUACACAACACCAAUCUCAAGGAUGACCCCAGAUUAAUUGGAUUUACUCCUCAACUGGUCAAAUUAAAACAAGCGAUAGAAACAAUGGCUAAGCGAAUAUCUACAGAUCCAGAAUGGUUUACCUCGAGCCAUCAUAGCUACAGUAUCCCUCGCCGAUCGUUGGAGUCGCCAAAGGCUCUCCCGGAAGUCCCAGUUCUGCAGACUUAUGCCGAAUCUGACCCGCUUCUGGAAUCUGGAGUUUCAUGCAGUUCAACAAGUUCAUUGGGAUCAACAACUGAUGUUAACAACUACCGAGAAAUCAGAGAAACAGAGAUUGACAAGACAGGUAUUACUGUUCCCCAAGACCUCGACGACAACUACAACGAUACCCAUGACAGCGGGAACUUCUCCCACCAAUACACUGACAAUGAGAUGAGUUCCGAGUUGUAUUCCAAGGAUCGAGACGUUUUACAUGAUCACGACAGGAUAUGUGAGCAGGCAACAGGUCAACUUGAAGAUCGACUGCACCCACAGGAAGAUCUGACCCUCGAAUACAACCACGAACAGACCCGACUUGAGCCCGAAAAGCUCUUGGGCAAGUGGAAUUUGGACCCCAACUCCGACUCCGGGCUCGUUUCCGACGCCGAUCUCCAGUUGAUCUCAUCCUCAUGA